UAUGUGCAUGAAAAUUCGACAUUUGUGACUUAAAAUUGUUCGAACAUAGGUAUAUUAUUUAUUUCAUUAAGAACGAUGAUCUCUAAACUCGUAAUAUCGUUUACAAUAAUAUUAGUUGUUGGACAUUAUACGGGUAAUUAUUAACAACUUAACAAUUUAUUACUAUAUUAUAUAUUAUAAUCAUAACUAAACAAUUAUUUGUUUAUUUUUCAUGACUUAUUUUUAUUUUGUUAAAACAUUAUAAUGUAGAUAAUACUAUUAUACACUCAUAAUAUAUUAUUUAUAAUAAUAUAUAUAAUAUGUACCUAUAUGUUAUAAUAUACUAUUGUGUGCACACUGUGCUUGUGUUAUAGUUCGACAAAAUAUCGAACUUUGCAUUAAAACACAACUAAAUUGAUAAGUCUACAAAUACUAAAAAAAUAAAAUAUUCCAUGUCCUCCUUAUUAAAUAUAUCUACUUUUUAUUAUUAAUAUUUUAAUAUUUUUAGGUACUGAUUGUGCUGAGAUUGACAAUGGUCACGUUAUUCAACAGCACAAAAAUUACAUAAAUUAUGGUGAGAAAAGUCACUGACUGUGUUUUAGAUUAAACCGGAUUUUGACUCAUAAAUUAUAUUAACAUAUUAUUAUUACUGAGUUAAAGAUUACAAUAGUUGUUCAGAUUGUACAUAUUAUAUGAUAUUAUUACAUAAUUUAUACACACAUAUACAUAUAUAUAUAUAUAUAUAUAUAUAUGAUUAUACACAUAGAUAUAUAGUAAUUUGGGCAUAUAGUUGAAAUUAGAAUUGUGUGAAUACGGAAUACGGGAGUCCUAAGAUGUAAAAAGUUGUAUUGGGUUAAACUUUGAUUUCAACAAUUUAUCAUUAACGAAAUUCUCAACAUUUUUAGAAUCACCAUACUGAGUGGAGGGACGAAUGUAUUAAUUUUACAUUGAUUUUUGUUAAAUUCUUUUUGUUUUAUUUCUGUAGACAUCUUUUCUAUCAGCAAUUCUGCUCCAAUUAACAUUGACGAUGGCACUUUUUCUAAAUGGAAAUUUGACUGGAGUGGUACUUAAGGGAGGUCAUUUUUUUAUUUUCCAAGGAGAUUUCCCAAUAAAUGGGAAAAACGUAGGAAAAAUAGGUACAAUAUAAAACAAAUAUUAUUAAAGAAAAUAUUAAUGCAUAUGUAUUUUACCAUAAUAUAACAUACAAAUUGUUGACAAAGCAACACUAUCAACCGAACUCCGCUCAGAAUUGGUUUUUCUUUAGCAAUGGUAAAUCGUCGCUUACGCAGAUAAAAUAUAUUAAAUUACUUAUAACAGUGGCUGCAUCCUUCCCCUAGGAUAGCUUUGAAAAGCAAGAAAAAUUCUUGGGAAAUUUGAAAAAUGACUACCUUAAAAUACCAUCCCAGUAAGAUUUCCUUUUUAAUAAAGUGCUACUAUUAUAAAUUGGAGCGAAAUUGCUCGUAGAAAAGUUGUCUACAGAAAAAAAUGAAUAAAUAAACAUCAUUGUAAAACCAAUAAAUUCCUCUCUCCACUCAGAAUCUAAAACAUUAAAUCUCAAAAACUUUAUGAAAAAUACUUUUCCAUUUUAUAUAAAUUAUAUGUUUUCCUUAAAUGUAAAUAUAACAAAAAUGGGAAGAACUAUGUGUUCCCCUUCCUUGGAGAUUUUCUGGAUAUACCCCUGUCAUUUUAUGUAGUAUAAAACUGCAUAAUGGUAAUUUAGUACCGUUAUAAUAAUAUUUGUGCACAUGUUGUUCUCUAAAAUGUGGUUGCACCUGUUACAGACUGUCGAAAGAUAUCUGUGAACAAAUAAAUAAACAGACUUACGAAAUAUUCAUUUCUAUAUUUGAACUUAAAAGAUACAAAUUUAAACAAAAGGUUCUGAAAAUACAAAUAAUAUAAGAGGCUCUGGAGACUAUACAAUUGUAAUACUUUGCGUCAAAACUCAGACUGCGGUACUCGCAAAAAAAACUAUAGGCGUUCAUUCCCGGUGAUCGAUUCCAAAGGUAUUUCAGCACAUUCCUUGAGACUAACGACUGUUUAUACAUAUUAAUAAUAUGUAUAACCGGGCCGGAUUAACAUAGGUGCAAAAGAACUUUUGCUUCAGGGCGGCAAAUUUAUUAAAUAUUUAAUAAUAUGAUGUAUAAUACUAUUCUAAAAUAUUAUAUUUAUUAUGUUACGGUCCAGCGGUGUUUCGUUUUACGAAAGUAAACGAUCAGGAGUCUUUACUUUCUGGAUUAUUACGGUUCGGGACUUUAUACUUUCCGAAAUAUUACGUUUUAAAAUACUACAUUCCUAAUUCUUAGAGUUCGGGAUUUAACAUUCCGGCGUUUUACUUUUUGUAAUACAAUGGUGCUCAACCUUUUUGGAACUUCCGCUCCCUUGAGGAGCAAAAUAUUUGUCAACACCUCCCCACCCAUAUAAAAAAAAAAAAAUAAUAAAAGUAGUAUACGUAAAAAGUUUAUAACUAAAUAAUAAAUACAAAAUUUAAAUAUAAUGUUACAAUAUACAAUGAAUAAAUUUAAUUGAAAUGUUUUGAAUUAAUCAUUUUAUUAACUAGUGAAAUGGUUUUGUAUGGUGAUUUAAAGUGAUUUAAAUUGUUUUAUGUAGAUUUUAUCAGUCCCCCUAUUAAAAAUUUCAAUUUUUUUUGCACUAAUAUUUAGCAUGUAACUAGCAUGAAUUUGGCCACCCCUGCUAUCAAGUUUCCUCGUCAUCACCAAAAUGUAUACGUAAAAAAUUUGAAAUUUUUGAACGAGCGGGAGGGUGAAUGAUGAAAUAUACAAAUCCGAAAAAAAUACUUAUACUGGUGGAGAAAGUGUGAUAUAAAUAUUGGGACUAGUCAUGCAAAUUCAUGCUAAUUCUGUUCUAAAUAUUGGCGUCGAAAAAGUCUAAAAAGUUGAAUUUAAAGCCCAGAGGGCUGUAGAAACGUUUCUACAUGAGUUGUGUAGGAGCAUUGGUGAUGACGAGAAAAUUGUAUAGUAGGGGUGGUAAAAUUCAUGCAAGCUAUAUGCUAAAUAUUGGCGCAAAAAAAACAUUUUAAUUGUUGAAUGGGGGAAGAGCUGGUGAAACGUUUCUACAGCCCCUCCAAAGUUUUUUUGAUAUAACCUCUGAAAUAUUUAUCAAUAAAUCCUAUAAGCCAUAAAGAAGGUAAUAUUUUAAGCAUAAUAUUAUACUUUUGUCAAUUAAAUGGCUCCCUUACUCAGCUUUAAAUUAAAUAGCAUUUAUAAACAAAUAUUAUUUAAUAUUUAAAAUACUCAUGCAUAUCAUUUUCAGAUUUGUUUAAGUUUCCAGAAUUCAAAAUUGAAAGCUUUGGUAAUACUUAAUUAAUAAUGCUAAUAAGUUUUUGUUUUUCGGUUAAGACUAGUGAAUUUUAAUAAUUAGGAAUACUACUCAAUGGUUAUCUUCAAAUAUAUAACAGGUGCAAAAAGAACUAGUAUCCAUUUGUCUGAGAUUCUAUGGCUACCAUUCAACUACCUCAAUUAUGAAAGGGAUUCUUGGUCAUUUUUUUAGAUAUAAUGAUAGCCAUUACUGUUACUAUCAAGAAAAUUAAUGCUUAAAGAGUAUAUACUUAAUCUACUAAAUAAUAAAUAAGUAUAUAGUAUCAACAGAAAACAUUUUUAUUUUCUUAUGGGUAUCAUGAAAUGUUUAUUUUCCCUUUAGUUUUAAAUAGUUGUAAAUCAAAAAAUGUGCUCAAUUUGUAUUUUAUUAUAUAGCGGAAACUUUGGAUGAUUAUUUGAAAAAAAAAAUGAUUCUUAAAAUUAUAAUAGGUACCAUCUUUUUUUUUAUCAUUAAUAAAAAUAGGAAAAAUCAAAAUAUUGUUUGGUAGAUAAUCAAUUUAUGAUCAAAUAGAAUGGUCACCCCACCCCUUCACGGGAAUCACAUACAUUUUGUUUACGGGUGUAGGUUUACGGGUUUACUCGGGGUCCCAAGGUCCCCUAUGCUCAGGGUUAUGGACAGUUGAUUGUAGGGUUAACAACCCUACAUUGAAACAAAAUUCUGUUAUGAAACUACCAAACAAAGCCUCUGACUAGAGUUAUGGAAAAACUGGAUGGAAACAGGAAACGGAAUAUUUUCUUUUUAACCACCCGAAAGCUUUUUUAAUGUGAGAAUUGUACUCCUGCAGGAAAUUGAGGGUCGGGUGUAGGGCAGUUAAGUAUAAAUGAUUAUAUUAUUUACUAUAGAGGAACUGUGAAUAUACAUCAUUUUAGAAUGGGGUUCGCGGUCCAUAAAAACUACAGACCUUGUGUACGUGAAUUCAAACCAAUAUCCGAACGAAUUUGUACAUUAUGAUUAAGAACAAAGCCCAUAGAGAUAGAUAUGUCUAAUAAAUAUACUUAAAACUACAUGCGUACAAAUAAUUUUAAAGAAUCAUACCAAUACAAUUUAUUUUACAGGAUUAUACAAUCGACAAUGUUUUCUAGCAAGCAUGAUGUAUUUAACGAAAGGAUUAUUUGCAUCUACUCAUGGUAACUCUAAAUACUUAUCAGUAUUUUAAUUUUAAUUUGUUUUAUCUUAAUCAACGUUUUGUAAGCUUGCCGUCAUUUCCACUGCAAUACAGAAAACACUUGUCUAUGUUUCCGUCUUACUUAUCUGUCAACUUAACCAGUUGUACACCAUCUCUUAUUCCCAGACACUUGAGAUUCUCCCUAAAUCGAUCAAUUUUGUUUUAGUUUUCCUCUCGGUCUUUUUUUUUUAUAUGGUUUCCUUAUUGUGAUAUUAUGUAAUGUUUGACCCUCCGCUCUUCAGACGUGUUUGGUUCAACUUAUUCUUGUGCUUUUGAGAAUUCCUACUAGUUUAGCUCAUUGAGAAUUUCCUUUCGAUUAGUUUUAAUAUUUUCUCAUCCUUCUUUGUUAAAACCCACGCUCUACAUGCAUGCAGAACUUUAGGUUUAAUGAUAAAAUAUAUAUAGUAAUAUUAGUUUCACUGUUUUGAACAACAUCUUUUAUAAAUAAUAGCCAAAUGCAAAAAUACACUUACUUCUUAUCGUUAUUCUCCUGUUCAUCUUCUCGUGGUUAUUUGUUUGUUAGUUAAUAUCAAUUUGUAUGUAUUGAAAAUGUGUUACUCUUUUGUAGGUUAAAAUUCCUAAAUACCAGAGAAUCUUGUAUAUGCUCAAUAGAUAUUAUUGGGUAUUUUGUCUUUUGCUCGAUCACUUGCAGGUUAAUCUUUCCCCAUAUUUAUUAGUCUUUCGGUUGUCUGUCUUACACGUUCUUGGUUUCUUCUAUAAAUAUUUAAAUUUUAAAAUAUUAUUGUAUAAUAUAUAUUAUAUUAUAUAUUGUGUAUAUAUACACACGUAUAUUCUUAAUUGCUCUUCUUAUCUAUUCCCCUGUCAUCUGUAUUUAUUGAAAAAAUUCUGACGAAUAAAAUCAAAUGUACAAGGAUAAUAGACAGUAUAGAAGAAUUUAGAUGGAAAUUUGAACCUGAUCAAUUUGUGUUUCGUUCUAAUAAUUAUUAUUCCGGAAACAGAACCUUGGAUGUUUUUUCUUUCUAUGAAUUAUGUCGGAUAAGAACAAUUGAAAAUAGGAAUAGUAUAUGGUCAUUUAAAUUACAAGGAUAAACUUCUACCACCAGUAUUCAAUAACUUUUUAUUAUUUUUGUUUUAUUAUUAUUUUGUAAUUUGUAUUUAUUAUAUAUUUUAUUAUUUGUCAAAAUCGGCAAUUCAUUAAAUAACAUCAAACAUAAAUAUCCUACUUAAUAAAUAUAAUUUAUUUUAAUGUUAAUGUUAUUCUGAUUUUGUUUAUUAUAGAUCACGUUAAAAAAGCUAAUGUGGAAAUGAUAAUGGAUAUAAUUUUAAGGAUCUUUCGUUCAAGUGCAGGUAAAAAUAAAAAUAAAAAUAUAUUUACUUUUCUUUGUAAUUGUGGUUAUUUUCCACAAUCGUAUUCAAUGUAUCAUUAACCAUUAUGUAUUUUAAGGAUUUUAUGUAGAUUUUAUGUUAGUUUUUCAGUACUAAAUUAUGGAACUCAGUGGUGGAUUUACGAUGAUUCAUGGAGUCUAGAUUCCCCUCCAGACACUGAUAUAAAUUCAAUAAAAUGUCCCAAAAAGAGGCAUCUAUUAAUAGAGAUACCUUUUAAUUACCUACAUUAUAAUAAAAUAAUAAAGUAAAAACAAAAUUAUUAAAAUUGUUUAUACUCGUAAGUAAAUAUAUAAAUAAAAAAUGUAUGUACAAAAUAUAAAAUAAAUAAAUAAAUCAAUGCGUCGCCUGGAGUGUUAUGAUAAGUGUAUUAUACGACCUAAUUUCAAUGGAACCCGAAAGAUGCAAGUAUUAAUAAUAUAUCUAAGGUACGUCUUGAAAUAAAAAUUUCAUUUUGCAAACAUUUUGGUAACAUUUCAUUAGAUUAUCAAUAUUGAUGUUUGACAUUUAUAUAAUAUAAUACUCUUAUAAUAUUCUAUGCGACGCAUUGAUUCGUUUAUUUUUUUUAUUUUUAUGUGUAGAUUUUUUAUUUGUAUAUUUAUUUACAUUAUUUAUCUACAUUAUAUCAUUUAAUUGUGGAAAAUCCGCUACUAGUGGAAUUAUUGACAAAUUAAAUUAACUUUUUGCUAUUUUUGUUUUUUAUUUUAUUUUUCCUUAUGUUUAUUUAAAUAAACAUAGUUGUUCAGCUUUGGAAUGGAAACCUGUACGUUUAAUUUCUGACUAAAACAGCGUUUAAUAAUAAUAUAGAAAGCGAUGACAUAAUAUUAAGUUUAUUGAGUCUGAUUGAUUGUCUAGGUUAUUUUUAUUUAAUAUUAGGCAUGCAAUCUCUUUUCCACCGUGGCUUUUAUUUAGACGCUCUUUGGAAGACGGUAUUUCAUUUUUCCUGAUCUUUGGAAAGUGUGUUAUAUUACUGAGGUACUGAAAUCGGGGGAUGCAUCUCUAGUCCCCAAUUACCAACUAAUCUCAAUUCUCUCGCAUAUUGCCAAAUUAUGCGAAUCAAUUAUACUUAAAAAAAUUCAACCAAGUGUCAACGAAAUGUUAAUGGAGGAACAACUUGGUUUCCAGCUAGGCCGUUCUAUAAAAACCUGUAAUACAGUCUUUUGUAAUUAUAUAUUUGAAGCGUUUAAAGAUUAUUUGCAAGUUGAUGUCAUCUUUACUGACUUUCGUAAAGCUUAUGGCCGUAUUGAUCACCAUAUAUUGUUAUGUGUCUUGUAAGCAUCUAGUUUCAGUGAACUACUUUUAUCAUGGUUUAGUUUUUUUAUAGAUAGUGGAAAACAAUUUGUUAAAAUCCAUGGAGUCUCUUCUAAUAUACUUCUCAUGUCCUCUGGUGUUCCCCAAGGAAGCCACCUCCCUCCUUUCCUGUUUUCUAUAUUCUUAAAUAGUAUUAACCGUAUAUUAAAUCACGCGAGGCGCCUUGCGUUUGCUGAUUUAAAAAUAUUUUAUUAUAUCGACUUUCACAGCGACUGCCUUGUCCUUGAAUAUGAACUAAAUAAAAUUGUUGCGUGAGCCAACGAACUAGAGUUGGAUUUAAAUAUUUCUAAAUGCCACUAUAUGACUUUUACGCACCUUGAAUCCCUAAUUAAUUUUAAAUAUUCAAUUCAUGGAACUACUUUGUAAUCGCUUAACAAAUCUGUCACUGAUCUACAUUUUGUUCUCUGUCCUACGUUUAGCCCUAAUUUACAUAUUAAGCGAGCCUGAUGUUAAGUCACUUAAAAUCUUAGGAUUUAUUAAACGCAUAAUAAUAGAGUUUAAACUAGCAUCUCCUCUUAAGGCACUGUACUGUUCGCUCGUGAGGCAUAUUUUCGAAUACUGCGCGGUCAUUUGGGAUCCUAAUACUGCACAUAACGCAAUAAUACUUGAGAGAGUUCAAAAUAAAUUUUUAAAAUAUGCCAGUCAUGUACUAAAGGAUUGAUUGUCCACCACAUAAUUAUUCACCAGUACUUGAGCAUCUCAAACUUGAUUCACAAACAAAUCGUAGGCAUGCUACUAACCUUACAUUUCUUUCUAAAUUAUUAUAUGGACAGAUUGACUCACCACACCUACUCUCUCUAAUUCCUUUAAAUGUCUCUCUGGUCUUCAUUCGUCAAUAUACCACUUUUAAUUUAUCAACCUUCUUCAUUAAUUAUGGUUUAAGUAAACCAUUUUGGCACUAUAUGUUUAUUGUCAAAUCAGACACCCCAUUUUUGAUCUCAUAAACCUAACUAAGUUAUUUUUAAUUACUGUAUUCACCUUUAUAUCAUACUUGUAAUUUUUAAUUAUAAUGUAUAUAUAUUAAUUGUAAAUUGGGCACCUGCUCGUAAUAUAUACAUAAAAUAAAUAAUAUGGAGAAGUUACAUUAUUAUUAUUAUUUUACUUAACUAAUUUCGAAAAAACCUAAUCUUAAAUAUUCACUAUAUUGUCAGCGUUUUGUACAGGCUCCUAAUACAGGAUAGUUUUAGUAAUAGUAUUAUAUCACUGUUAUAUAUAUAUAUAUAUAUAUAUAUAUAUAUAGAAGGUUAAAAAGGUAGAAUAUAAAGGAUAAUUUACUCUAUGUAUUCUAUUAAACAUUAUUUGAUACAUUUUAAUUGAAAAUUUCAAUAUUUAUGAACCAAAUUACAACCAUUCGUGUUUUUAACAAAUUUAAUCGUAAAUUUGAACUUGAAGUUUUGAUCAAUAUAUUAUGACAAUAAUGUUAUUCACCUGAGAUAUACAAAACAUAACUUAAAAAAAAUUAAAAUUACAAUUAUUUUCAAUAAUUUACCACAGCGUUUUGAGUAUUGAAAUAUAAAUUAUAAAAGUUAUAAUAUAAGUAAUUGAUAAAAGUUUCAAUUCCCUACGUCGAUUUUUCACUGAAUUACAACAAAAAAAUAUCAUAAUUGUAUUGAACAAAAACCGUUAUUGUAUAAAUAUUAUGGUUUCUGGCAUGCUUUAUUUUUUUCAUCAUUUUUAUCAUUCAGAAAAUUGUAAGGGAAAUCAAAAAAUGAUCUGCCCAAUGCACCAAAAUUGAUACCAGAAACCACACUUUAUGAUUAUAGCAAGAUUUCUGAUGAAAAAGGUGUUCAGACAGGAAAACAAAAACAUAUCAUUGUAAAAAUCAAUGCAUUUUUCGCUUUACUUAAAAUUUUAAAUUUUAAAUACUAAAUAUUUGAUUUUUAAAUAUCCAUUUACAUACUUUAUAUUUCGUAUUCAUUAGCUUGAUUGGUUUUAAACACUUUGUCCAUUUAAUCUGUAGUUAUUGUCAUUUAUAUUACCACCAACAAGUUUAUAAUUUUUGUUAAAAAUCCAAAAAUACUAUCGGAAGACUUAAUUACAUGGAACUAUUUAAAUGAUAAUUAAAAAUAUAACUGGAUGCAGUAAAAAUAUUACUGAGGGUGCCGGACUAUGAAGACGUAACUGUAUUUUUUAUUUAUAAAAUUAUAUUAUGUGGCAUAGGUAAAUUGAAUUCAAUGUCUGCCUUGCACUUUAGUUUGUUUUGAAUAGUAUAUACAUAUUAUAUGUUAGCAUUAUAGGUAUAGUAUGAUAAAGUUAACUUAAAUGGUAAAAUUUAAAAAAUUCUAUUAUACAUAUAUAUUUAUAUCUAUUUUUAUAAAUAUACACACAGGACAAGUCCAAAAUUAUAGUAGUAGCGAUUGUAUAAUAAAACUUAAAAUUAAGAGCUAUAAUAGCUGUAAGAGCUCGAAAGAAGCGUCUUUACACCCUUUCAAUCAUUGAGCUAACAUACGCUGUAAGGAAAUCUCAUAUGGCUUAUCUUUACUCGAUGAUGAUACGGUAAAUAAGAGUACAGUAGAUCAUCUUGAUAGGCGGUGUUGAUUGGAAAUUACGUGAGGUCUGGAAAGCAAAGCUUAAUAACUUUAGGGCUUGAUAACAUUUAUUUUCAAUAAGUUUGAUUGGGGAGACAUUUCAUGUAAAGAUAAAAUCAAGAUCGCGAAUGGAGUUUGUAGCUGAUUUUAUAAAGCUGGCUAUUUAUUUGGUAAAGAAAUUGAGUGAGUGUGAACGGGUAUAGAUGAAAGGAGCACAUUUAAAAAUUUUCAUCCGAGGGAUUCAUCUCAAACUUCUAUUCAGUAAAGGUCAUCUUAUAAGAGACGACAGGCAGUAAUCGAGGAAAUAUGCAGAUAGAGUUUUAUACCGUUAGCAAAUAUAAGGAGUUUGGAAUUCCGGAUAAUAGAAGAAGCAGAGUUAGGAAGCAGUGAAAACAACGGUGGAGAUAAUAAGACAUCUUGUGGUACACCGGAUGAUGGUGAAAAAAAAGGAGAGGAGGCUCUAUGGAUAAAAACAAAGAGUAUUAGAAUAACUAUUAUUUCUAUUAUCAAAAUACCAAUGUGUUUUUAUUAUAAUCACUACAAUGUUAUUUAUACUAUUAUUUCAGGUCAAACAUUUCUCAUUCACUUAGAUGCAAUGAAUAAUAUGGUACCAAUGUUCAACAAAAUUAGAUGUAGGUAAUAUUUGUGUUUAAUAAUAGAUAUGUAAAUGAUUGAAUAAUAUUUUAUAAUUAGAAUUGUUUAGAUAGGUAUUAAUUUUAUUAAUGUAAUUUUCAACUGUUAAUUAGAUUGGCUUGUUACUUUUAAUAUACUACAUGCAAAAGAAAUGCAAAAUCAAGCAACACAUUUAAUCAAUGUUGGUUUGCUCAAUGGUGUUUGGUAUACAGACAAAGGUGAAUAUCAUUUUUGUAUUAAAUAUAUUUUAUUCAUAGUGUACGAGCCGGAAGUGAAUAAUUAUAAUCCACGUAACCCGGUUACCAAAUACUUCACACGCAGAAAGAAGUCCGUAAAUAUAAAUAACAAAACAAUAGAGGUAGGAGAAAUUGCCGAGCAAAACCAAAUAUUACUAUUUUUUAUAAGAGAACGCAUACGGCUUGUGCAUACAAAUAACUGUGUAUAAAUAACCAGUGUAUAACAACUGAAGCGCUCCAACAGGAUACUAUGUGUUGAGUGGGAGGCGUUUGAUCAUGUUUUGUACUAGGGAUGCUCAAAAAUUCCGCCGUGUGCACUCUCGUGGCUCGCAGUAUAGUGGUUAAAUAAAAGUGUACGAGUACAUAACGUAAGGAAUUAAGAUUAAUACAAAAAUGAGUAACUCAAGAAAUAAAUACUACAAUUGGAACGUUACUCUAGUUCAAAAAAUAAUACAAACCAAAUAUUUGAAAUAUGAUAAAUAUGGUAGUUUUUUUUUAGUUUAAUCGCCAACUAGAUAUAAAAUGCAAUAGAUAAUAUCGCUAGUAUUUUAUUAUUAACGUAAUAUUUAGAGUUGAAAAAAAAUCCCAAAAGCAAUUUAACAAUUAAAUAUUGAAGUACUUGGGUUGUUAUCAUUUAUCCGUAUUCCGGAAACGAAACGGAUAUGUGUAAAUAGACACUUUAUCUGGGAAUUAGUCUACAUUUUGUAGGAUAGCAUGACUUUUUUUUAUCAGGUUCCCUACUAUUAAUUGUUAUUAAAAUUGGGAGAACAAUACCCACAGAUACAUAAUAUAUAAUAAACUAAACUACUAACUAGCCUAUACAGUAAUUAUUAAAUAAUACUAUGCAUUAUAUCCAAUUUUAUCUAAUACUAUUUAUUUUUAUUUUAUCUGUUUUCCAGUUUUUUCCCCAUUUAUUAUAAAAACAGCUAGGAAAAUAAAAAAAUGACUUUUAAGUACCACCCUAAUCGAAUUUCUUUUCAGAAAAAGUGUUAUCAUUAUAAAUUGGAGAAAAAUUAGAAAAGUUGUUCACAGGAAAAAAAAGAUCGAAUUAUUUGUUUACUAAUACCUAUAAAUUUCUUACAUGUUCCCGUUUUUCCUCCAGUUUUUAACAGUUUUUCUUGGAAAAAUCAAAAAAUGACUUUCUUAAAGUCCUAGAAAUGUUCUUUUUCAGAAAAUGUACUAUACUUGAUACUUCAGAGCAAAAUUUCAGAUAAAAAUUUUACACAUUAUAAAAAAGAAAAAAAAGAUAAUGGAGACGGGUACAACCACUGUUAUCGAUAUGCUAAUGUAUACUUGUAAGCAAUGAUAAAACAUUGCAAACGAAAAAACGAUUCUGAACUCAGUUCAGUUGAUAGUGAUGCUUUAUCAACAAUAUACAUGUAUAUGCGUAUUAUAUGUGACAUAUUAUAGUAAAAUAAUUAAAUAGGAUCUAUAUGUUUUCUUUAAUAAUAUUUGUUUAAUGUUGUACGGAUUUUCCCAUGUGUUUUCCCAGUUUUUCACAUUUGCUGGGAAAACUCUUGGGAAAAUUGAAAAAUCACCUCUCUAAAGUACUUUCCAAGUCAAAUUUUCUUUCAUAAAAAUUGGUAUCAUUAUAAAUUAGAGCCAAAUUGCUUGAAGAAAAGUUGCACACUGAUUAAAAAAAUAAACAUCUUUGUAACAUCUAUGGUUUUCCAUAAGCUUCUUUACACCACUCAGAAUCUCAGAAUCUAAAACAUAUUUUUAAAAACAAUGCAUUCUUCUACACAUAGAAUAUAAAAACGAGGACAUAACAUUUCACUAAUAUAUUUCGUACAUUUUCUUCCGUUACUCGACUCAGAAUCGUUUUUCGUUAGCAAAGAUAAAUCGUUGCAUGCACAUAUACAUUAAAUUCCCCUUUAGAUCCUCUCUACUCAAUUUCUCAUCUACAACAGUGGUCCAUCCAUCGUGCAAAAUAUGUCUUUUUUUGUUUUGGAUAUUCAAAUAAUUAUCUUUUUGGAAGAAAAAUUAUUCCGAAUUUUAAUAAGUUUGAAGAACGGAUUUCCAAUUUUUUAUGCAUCUUCCGACACCAAUAGCAAAAACUCGUGACGGCAUGGUGGACGAAACAGAACAACGUAAAAGACCAGUACAAAGCUUAGAAUCAAAGUCCAUAAGUUGCAUAAUAAUUGCAUAAUAAACUUUAUCUGCCUAAACAGUAUCUGCUUAGAAAAUACCGAGGCCCUCUGAAGACAUUUUUAUGAUGCCUCAAUAGGUUUUUUUUUAUUUUUCACCAUCUAAUACCAAGCGUAGGUAAAUCUUUGCAAUACAAUUCUUAUUAGUACAUUCAUUUCAAUUUGUAUUUUCUUAAAAUAUUCAUGCGAAAUUACUAUCUAGCUAUGAUUGAAACACUAGAUGCGGGGCCUUCUAAAAGGUCGGAGUUCUGUACGAAUUCACAGUUUGUAGCAUCUUGAUGGCAGCCCUAUACCGACUUGACUGGUUUAUCUGCUGUAUUGGAGGGUAGAUGACCGAGUUAAAUUCACGCCACAAGCUAACACUCAGAUAGUGAUGUGAUUAACCCAGGCUGACCGUAUUUAUAGGGCUUUAACUGAUAGCAUUUAUUAUUUCGUCUCAAUGAUAGAUUCAUAUCUUAAUUUUGUGAUAGAAGGAGGACACCAUUUACAACAAUGCAACUUGGUAUAUAACUAUUUUACGACAAUAUAUUGAAAACGCAUAUUAUAAUAUACUUAUAGAUAAUAAAAAAAUGGAUAGACUACAACCAUAACAAUUGCAUGUGAGGCGAUAUUCCCGGUGGUGUGGACAACUGAGGCGAUUCAUAGGUUAUCCUUAUAACCAUAAAUAAAAGCUAUAAAAGAAAAAAGUGUAAAAAUAUUUUGAAAUUAUUCAGUUAUUUUAAUAUGAAAAAUUAUAAUAUAACAUUAUUCUACAAUAUAUUUAAUACUAUUCUUAUAGUAUCUGUUUAUAAACCUUUUUUGGGUUCUAUAAAAACAUUUUUUGUUAGAUGGGUCUACUAAGUGUUUACAGUAAAAUACUAAAAUCACUACUUAAAAUCGUUAACAACUUAUAAUUAUAGUUUUAUAUUUGACGUAUUAUGUUUGAACAUUCGGCAGUAAAACUGGCACUAAACUACCUACACUAUAGGUACAUUUUACAAAUUAUUAUUUACAGCACAGUUAAAUUUGUUUCACUCCUUAUAAAUGAAGAAAAUAAUUUGAUUUACUUGUACACUUGUUAUUUGUAAAUUUAUUUUUAGAACUAACGUUGUUGGAUGCAUACAGAAAUAGUGAAAGUAAACUAAUAAAUACCGCUGUACAACAAUGCAAAUCUACCAUGCAAUUUCGUAAGUGUACCUAUCUAUAUAUUUUAUUGAUUUAAUACUAGACAUGUCUAUAGAUGAAUAUGUUUAAUUAAAAUUAUGAACACUGCGUUUAGUUGCAUUACCAUCACUACAGGUGGAGGAUCAUCUCGAGGAUUUGUUUAAAAUAGAUACAAAUUAUCUACCAGACAUCCAUGCUAGAUCAAUGGCUAUAAAUCAAGGAAUUGUUAUUUUUCUAAUGACACCAGGUACUAUUUUUGAUUCAUAUAAUCAAGAAAAUACGUAUUAUAACUAAAAUGAAUGUAUGUUUUGAGAUAAAAGCAGAAAAACAUUGUAUAAAGUAUUUAAGAGUAUGUCAUACCGAAAAUGAAACCAUUGAUUAUAAAUACUAGUUUUUAAAAUCAAUGGUGAAACGUAUACAACGCUCGAGAGACAGCAUUGCGUGCCAUAUCGUCGUAAACUGCCUAGAUUUAUCUAGGAAUUCUAUAUCGUCACGGCACAUACCCGUAGCCACACCCACUACCUCGCUGUUCCAACCACGGAGUUUCCGAGUGCCGACCGCCGUCGAGCACUGAAAUUUAUACAUAGAACACGCGUAGUUUUUCAAAUUUAACGGUUUCAAUUUAAACCACUUGGAAAAUCAAAAAAUGACCUCAAAAUUAAAAUAUUUAUAACCAUUGUAAUAAAUUAAUAAAUCGGUGUAACUGAAUAUCGAUUUUCGUUUAUAAUCGAUUUAAAAUAGUGGAAUAAUCGAUAUUACAAAAAUAUAUGGCAUAUUAUGGUAAAAUAAUUAAAUGGACAUUAUAUAUUUUCUUUAAUAAUAUUUGUUUCAUGGACCGAUUUUCUCAUUUUUUUUUCGGUUUUUCACAUUUACUGAGAAACCUCUUAAGAAAAUCGAAAAAUAAUCUCUCUAAAAUACCUCCUCCGUCAAUUUUUUUUUUUUUUUAAUUUCUAUCAUUAUAAAUUGAAUCAAAAUUAAUGGUAGAAAAGUUGUUCACAGAAAAAAAAAUUAAAAUAAACAUCUUUGUAAAACCAUAAGCUUCUUCGCUCCACUCAGAAUCUAAUAUCCAUUUUUCUAAUUAAUAUAAUAUUCCAAUUAUACUGAUUACCGAUUGUGUGCCGUAUUGAUAAAUAAUAAUAUAUUAAUACCGUAGUUGGGUUGUUAAAUGUUCAAUACUGAACUUUCAAUGCUUUAAAAUAAUUUUAACUAAAGAAACAUUUUUAAUUUUCCCUAAAAUACUUUUUUAAUUUUCCAAAAACUUCGAUUUUUUUCGGAAAUACAUUAUUUUAAUAUUCUCAAAUUUUUUCAUAUUUUCUGGAGCUCUGGGAAAAAACAGUUUUUUUACGAAAUUUUCCCGAAUUUUGAUCUCUGCUCCACGCCAUGAGAGAACGCAACCGCUCGCCGAAUAAUGGAUGUUCAGUCUACGCAUUUGCCGCCGAAAACCAGUUUAAAGCUCGCAACCGGCGACAACCAGAGUUAGCCGUGACAAAUUUUACUACGUGAUAAUAAUAAAAUUCUCGCUCAUUUUGCUUGAGGCGGGAAAUCGGCCUCACGACUGUUCGUAUAAAUCAUUUGGCUACCCAAAGCGGUCACGUUCUUUCUUAUGCGGAAUAUAGUUUAUGUCUUUGCUUGUACAUCAUUUUCAGAUUAACUGAUUCAUUAUUAUGUGAUUUUAGAUGAAUAUAAAAACACAUUUCAUACAACGACUAAAUCAAAGGAAGAACAAUGUUAGUAUGAGAAUUUAUUAUUUUAGUUACUAAAAAUAAAGUGUGUUCAAUUAGUUUUAAUUUUAGAAUGCAAAUUAGAUAAUAAAAAAGUGUUGUGAAUUAUGAAAUUAAUUAGCCUAUACAUCAGAAUAAACAAAUAUUUUCAUCUGAAUUUAAAAAUUUUUCUUUUUGACCACUAUUUACAACUUAUGAUGACCCUCAUAUAAAAUGUUUAAGCAUUUCUGCUCCACUAAAUCAAUUUUAACGACAUAGAACAAAAAAAAACUAAACAAACUCGAAAAUGUCUAUAAUGGCUCUAAAUACCUUGAAAAUUGCUACAAUAUUUUGAAAUUUUUAACACGUCUAGAUGUUGCAAUUUCAUAAGUAUUGUGGAUAAAUUUCAGAUCUCUACAAUUAUUAUUAAUCGAAUUACGACCAAAAAAAAAAAAUCGGAAAUAAUAAAACCCUUCUUUCAAUAAACAUACCCUUCUAUUUAAGUUUUUUCAAUUAUUAAGUAACUAUUAAGUAACUACAAGGAAAAUCAAAAAAUAUGCAUCACAUAACUAGGAAACAUAUCUAGUAGAGUAACAGAAUGGAACCAUUUUAAAAUAAUUAAAUCGUAUAGUUGUUAAUUUGUCGAUUUUUCUUAAUUAUUAAAAAAACUGUAAUAAAGAAAAAAAAUUACUAGCUAACAACAGUCAAUGCAAGAACUAUAAAUCCAAAGUUCUUUAAAAACUCUCUUUUCGUUUUUGUACUGAAGCAAAAUGUUCAGUAAUUGUUAAUAUACAAUAAAAGAGUGCACAAUAACCUCCCAUCUGACCCUCAAAAGUCACUCGAAUUUCCACCUGAUUUAAAAAAUAUAAAGUGACCUUAAAUUCAAAUUACCUCCGAUAAUUAUAAUAAAUUAAUCGAUUUCUAACUUUACAUUGUAGGAAAUAUCAAUAAAUUACAUUAAAAGUCAUACUCUUACAUUAAGAGUUAAUUAAUUUAAUGUAAACUUAGGUAAAUAAAUAGUAAUAAAUGUAUUAAUCUGUUAUACAGUCAAAAUCUUAAGUUUGAACGUGCAUAAUUAAUAAAGUAAUAAUUAAUAAUAAAAAUAAAAAAUAAAUAAUCAAUUCAUAAAAUAAUUUAGAUGAAAUUUGAAAAUGUCAGAUAAAAUGUAAUAAAAUAAUUAAUAAUUAACACAUUUUAAUUUAUAUAUUAAAGUUAUAUUGUGUCUUAGGCUAGUUUCUGAGGUUUAAAUUUAUUCACCAACACUUUUAAGUAUCUAUUGCAAUUUUUAAACUUCAUUGGCAUUAAAUUUAUUAAUUGAGUUAUUAAUAAUAAUAAUAUUAUUUUUUGUGGUUGUCCUAAUUCUUUUGGCUUCCGUUUUGAAAGAUCUAAUUAAUAUUACCGAAUCGCAUUGGCGUUCAUUUUUAUAAAAUAAUAUACGUAUUAACGUGUUAUUUAUGGUAAUGGUUGCUCAAACGAAACUAUGUUGAACUGGUGAUAUUUAAUACGAUAUAGUCAACUAAUCUUUAACUGAAAAAUAGUUCUUAUUUAAUCUGGUUUUUGUUUAAUCUGACCAGAUUAUUGUAUUUGACAACUUAAUCUGUCUGCAAAAUAUCGUAUGUCUUAAAAAUAAUAUUUUUUAACAUAACAGAAACGGAUAUAAUAAUCGAUAGUACACGUAAAAUAUUAUCGAUAUAUUAAUUAAUAAUUUAUAUAUGCUCUACGAGGCGAUUUGAGUGUCACUAAAAAAAAAAUAACACACAUAACAGUAAAACCUAAAUAUUCCUUGCUAUGCUCAGAAUUUAAAAAUUAUUUUAUAACGAAUGUAUUACAUAAUGAUAUAAAAUCAAUAAUUAAUUUUUAUAUUUCAGACUACGAAGUACUUGGAAUAGUUCAAAGUGCUGUAGAAAAUAUAUUUGAUGGCAUAUUAAAUGUAUUGUACAGUAGAAACAGUAAGUAAUAUAUUAUUACAUAUUUUUUUAAUAUCAUCCAUAAUGUAGAUAGUUAUUUAAAUUAGUACCGGUUUGCUUCAUUGUACAAAUAUACAAAUCCUUUCUAAACUGUCCAGCUAUUGUCUUUGUUUUUGUAAAGUUUAAUUUGUAUACAUCUUAUUCUGAAUCGCUUAUUUGUAGAUAUUUCUUUUCGUUGACUACCAACACUAUUUCCGGGUUUGUUCCACCUAUUAUAAAUAAAUAAACAAAUAAAAAAUAUAACCGAUAAAAAUAUAGAUACCUACUCAUUAUAAAACUAUAAAUUAAGAUAUUUAAGUCCAACAUUAUUCUAUAUAGAACAGGCUUUAUUAAUUGAAAGACAGUUUUUGCGUGUGACUUUUUAGGUACAGUUGAAUUACCUUUACGGCCUAAGAUACAAAUAGAGCUUUUAUUACUACUACAAGAUAUAUUUCCAAGCGUUGUUGAAAUAGCUCAAGAAAUAUUUUUAUUGCAGCAAACAAAACGUAUGUAAAUCCAUAUUACUUGUAGCAAUCAUUAUAAUAAUCAAUUCACAAUAUUUGUAUAUUGCACUAUACUGAACAUACGUUGUAAUUAUUAUAAAAGUAAUUAUUUAACUAGAACUAUAAAUUCACAUUAUUUGGGAAGAACCGUAUAAAUAAGUAAAAUAUACUUUAAUGGAACAAAUUUGAAAUGGAUAAUGUAUUAUUGUUAUUUAUAUAUUAUUUUAGUAAAUAUUUUGAGACGUAAAUUUGUAAAAAAACAAUACAUACGUUUUAACAGUUUUAACAUUAGUUUUUAGGGCAAGUUACAAUCAUUGCAUGCAAACAGAUUUAAAAAACCAUUAUACUUCGUACCAUGGAUAAACCAGGACACUGAUGUAGGUGGGAAGUAAUUAUAUAGAACUACUUCUCAAAUAUAUAUAUUAUAAAUAGGGUAAUUUAUGUAAUUUUUAUCUGUAUGUACGCAACGAAAGACGAUUCAAAGCAAUGUUUGAUAAAGUUUUGAUAAAUUUAAAUUGAAAAUUAUAUGUACCAAAAAUCUUGUUCCGAUUUAUCAAGUGUAGUUUAUUUUCUGAAAAGAAAAGUUAUCAAGUUUUUGCAUGGAAGAGGUCAUUUUUCGAUUUUUCAAAGACUUUUCAUGUUAUGCUUUUAAAAUAAUUGGGAAAAUCCGGAAAACAAUUACAGAAAAAUAGCUUAUAUAUACGACAAAUUGUAGCAUAACCAAUUUCAUUGUUUUUUAAUUUUUACAGACUAUGUUUUAUACUAGAAAUAUUGCUUCAAUAAAAAAUUCCAAUCGAACUUUUUAUGUUAUUUAGAACUAGUUGAGCACGAAAUAAGUUGUUUUCCAAUCUUCUGAGUAAUUUUCAUGACAAUAAAGAAAUUCGGAAAAAGACGAAUGAUGAAAAAAGAAUAAAUUUAUGGCGUAAAAUUUCAUUAUUUUAAAUGUUUACUCACAACGUUUUCUAUCCGAAAUAUUACUCAAACAGAAAAUCAACAAGAGACCUCUUUUUAUUUAUAUUUCAUCUAAUUAGUGAAUAAACUAUUUAUUUUUUAAUUUUCCCUGGAGUUUUUUUAAUAAUUAAGCAAAACCGAAAAAAACGUAUGAAGGACAGACGAAUUUACGAAAAUUGGGGUUUUCUUAUUUGUAUUUUCGUUUUUUGUUGUAAUUAUGUUAAAAUUAUUCUAAGAGACUUUUAAUUUUAACAGAAAAGUAACGAUUGUCUUUUCUAGACGUGGUAAAACUUACAAAACAUCACAAGCUAUUUUUGAGCUAUUUAUAAACAUUUUAAUAAAAUAAUGAAAAACCUGAUGAUUGAAAGAUUUGAUGAAAUUGUUAAAUUAAAUAAAAAAAAAUUGAAAACUUAACAGGAGGUCCAUCAUAAGUCAUACUUAGAGGACUUCUUCCUAAUGUUCCACUUCUAUUGAAGGUUGGAUAUUUUCAUAGCUAAAUGGUAUUUAUUUUUAAAUAAAAAAUAAUUCGAAUAAUUUCUAGGUUUUGAGUUGGAACCACUCUUUUAAAUUUUGCAGCCAGCUAGUUCUAGGUCUUCCUCUGCUCCUUUUCCCUAUUCUAAAAUUUUUCCUUGCAUUAUGAGAUAUAAGAAGUGAUAUUUCUCACCCGUCAAUGACGCCCGCUCAUUUUACAAUGACCUAAUGAUGUGACACCGCGUAGUAGCCGUGUAUGUGGAUAUGGUUAAUGGGUGUCUUAUGAAAACAAAUCAUAACAAAAUAUUAAUUUAAUUUAAUUAGGCAUGAAAUAUAAUAUUUUAAAUACCAAUGGGUAUUUUUGACAACAAGAAAUCCAAAACUAUUCUAGAUUAUAAAAUAAAAUAUUGUAACGGUAACAAAUUGGUUGGGAGGAAAUUCGACUAAAAUCUAGAAAUUUGAAAUAUUUUAGUAAAUCUUUUUUGAUAUAUUAACUUUAAAAACGCUAAAAUAUUUUUAAAAUAAUAUUCAGAUAGUGUGAGUAUAACUUUAGUGAGAUAUAUAAUGUAACAGAUUUAGUGAAACUGAAGGCCCGAAUUUCUAUUGGUGGAAAGUUCAGAUGGUUGAUUCCAGCAGACAUAUUUUAUUAUUUCUGUAGAGUGGAGGAUGAUACUUUAACUAGGUAAUUUUUUGAUUUUCCAAACGGUUAACAUAAUAUUUGGAAAAACCCGGGACACGAGUAGAACGUAAGAAAAACAGGAAAAUUUACGAAAAUAAUGCUUUUAUUAUUUUCAAUUUUCGUUUUUUUUUUGUAAUUCAGUUUAUUUAUAUUUGUGUUGACUUUACAGAAUUAAAAUUUAGACAAAAAACUUAAUUUUACUUAUCCUAGAUGUGAUAAAAUUUUUCAAAAAUGUAAGCUAUUUUUGAGCUAUUUAUAGACAUUUUAAUUUUGCUAGUUUUGUAUGUAAUUUUUAUUCGGUAGGAAUUCUGUGGAUGAAAUUAUAAGGCUUAACAGAAAUGCUUAAAAAUUUAACAAAAGGUUCAUUAAAAGUCACAUUUAGUGUUAUAGAAAAAAAUAUAAAAAUAUUGAGGUUAAUGUAGUAUUUGUUUUUAUAAAGGAAUUUCAAUAUUAAAUUUUGUUAAAAAUCGUUUGAGUAAAAAAUUAUAUGUAAUAAAUCUAGUUACUGGUCCAUGCACAUUUUUUAAUUUUAUUUGUUUUUUGUUCUGAAAAUAUUUAUAUUACCGAUUUAAGAACGAUGUUUGAGUCUAAAUUUAGUGAACUGACUUAGUUUCAAAAUUAUAACUUUUUGAAGUUCUGAUAUGCACAUAUAAUAUGUAUUAUGUUAAAUAACUCAACAUUAUCAAUCUUAUAGUAUGUCUGUUGUAGUCUAGUGGUGGUGUGUACUUGUUGUCAUCCCAGAAAUCGUGAGUUCAAAGACGAGUUUCGACAAUUUUUUUUUGUGAAACCUCGUCAGAUAGAUAACAAGGGAAAAACAAAUGCAACACAAUAUGUGUUUACUGUGUAAUUCAUUGUAUUUAAUAUAUAUUUAUUUUACUACAACAGUAUGUCAUAUAUAUAUUUGAAAAAGUAAUAUAACUAAUCUAGCUCCACUCAGAAUCGUUUUCGUUAGCAAUGAUUAAUCUUUUCUUACAGAUAUUCAUUAAAUUCCCUUCUACAUCCUACCUUCCUAACUUCUCAUCUACAACAGUGGACUAACAGUGGGCGAAGUAUAUCCCUCUUUUUUCAUUUCAUAAUGUUCUUUAAACUUUAAUUAUAUUUAAGGUUUAAUUUUUAAAUUUGUUCAAUAACCUUAGAUAGUUUAAAUCGAUUAAAUCUAAACUCUAUUCUACCAAAAAACUCUUUUUACAAAUGUCUUAUUAUUAUUAUAUAUUUAUCUGUAUUUUUUAAAGUUAAAUAAUAUAAUAAUACUAUAAUAAAAAAUAAUUUUUCUGCUUUGAGAUCACGCUCCUAUGGAUGCUUGUAAGCACUUAGAACCUACUUAUUGUUCGAAAGGUUUAAAGUACCUACAGCUAAGAUAGCACUAUACAAUAUUAAUAAGUUUGAAUAAAAUACCGUUAAAAAUGUCUUUCAUUGAAUUAAAUGUAUGUUUUAGUUUCACAGGCAAAUUCGCAAGACAAUUUCAAUUUCAACACAUACAUGAACUUUUCAAGAAAAUUCAAAUAUAAAUGGACAAAGAUACUCGACCAAGGUAAAGAUAUUUUGCAUAUUAAUUCACUAUGAACUAAAAUGCUUGUAGUAUUUACUAUUCCGUAGCUAAGGGGGCACUGGAGGCAUGGAAUAUUUUGUUUACUUUGAUGUACUUUAUUGCUCUAAAAAAAUAAGGAAUAUAAACCUUAUUAGUGCACCUCCCUGAUAUAGGUUUUUUAACGUGAACACUGGGGACAAAACAGGGGACUUACAAACAAAAGGGUUCUUUUCAGAGCCACCAAAUCAAAUCAAAACUCGGAACAAUCGUCGGAAAAAAAUAUAAAUAAUAACGAAGAUAAACCACAUCACACAAAAUACGCAGCACAUCGCAAAAAAGAUGCGGUUUAUUCAUUAGUGGCAAUGCGCUGAGAGGUCCAAUCAGAUACGACGAUACACCUGCAACGGCACAUUGUUAAAUUAAAUAUUUUGAAAUUAAAUAUGCUACCUUUCAGUCAGGAGAUAGAUAAUCAAGCCAGUUAAUAUAUCCUCGAAGUAGUAAUAGUACAACCAAAUAGUUACUAUUAAACUAUAUUCAAAAGGUAGUAUACAUUCACUGUCCUCGUAUCAGAAAAAAACGAAUACAUACCGAUAAUAGUUUGAUUUAAAAACUAUGUAAUUCAAAUCGACAUUUCACAAAUUUAUUUUGUAGCUUAUCUGAGGAUCGACUAACUCCUUAAAACUAACGGUAAUGAUAACUCAUACAUGGUUGUAUAAGUUAUUUAUUGUUUUUAUUAUUCUAUGAUGUUCUGGUUUCGUUUCAUGUACCACGUGCAAACUCUUCGCUAAACAUCAUUAAUUUCUCCAUAAUUAAUGAAAUAAAAUGAAUAGUAAAUCGAAUAUUAAACAUCAAUAAUUUAUCCAAAUUGUAGGUAUUUAAUUUUCGAAAUAAAUGAAUUAUUAUUCCAUUAUCUUUAUAAAGUUUUUUAAAAUAUGUCGAAUAAACCAAGCGACGUGAUACAUUAUACUUGUAGUGAAAUCACUAUAACUAUAAUUUGAAAACUAUUCAAUUUUGAAAAUAAUAAAUUUAAAUCAAUAUUUUACAAAUUUCAUUUUACAGAUGGUAACACUGUGAGCCAAACCAACGAUGCUCAGACCUUGACUCCUGAUACACCCGUAAACACAUUCAACAAAAGUAAUUAUUUUAUGUAUUCUUUUAUAACAAUGUUUUAUGUCGAUAUCAAACAAAAUAAAGUGUAAGAGGAAGUGAAACUGGCCUGCAAUGUUUGUUGAUAAUUAAUUUUUUAUGAAAUCGAUCGAGGGAAUUCAAGUAAAAAAUAUAACCGAAGAUGCUGAUUUAGAAAGUGAUUUGAGUGAAAAUAUAUUCUAUAUAUAUCCUACUAUGAAAAUAAUUGAUUAAAAUCGACAUUUUACAAAAAUGAUUUUGCAGUUGAUCCAGAUAACGAGUACCCACUUCAAAGUAACGGUAAUAUAUUUUAACCAUAUACGAAUAUAUAUGUUCUUUAUAAUUUAUUUAUUUAAGUCAUUCAGGUUUACCUGUACACUAUGUGAAAGCUCUUAGCUAUAUUUCAUUAGUUUCUCUAUAAGUAAUGGAAUAAAAUAGAUAAUAAUUCGAAUAUUAAAUAUCAUUAUCUUCUUUAAAUUAUAGGUAUUAAAUUUACGAAAUAAACGUUGUAUUGUUCUAUUUGGUUCAUAAAAUGUGUAUAUCUAAUAUAAAUAAUAUUACAAUAAUAUCUUUUUAGGUCGUUUGAUUAAGAAUGGAGUAGUCUCCCCAUCGUUAAUGUUAUGUAAGUAUUAUUUAUACAUAUAUGUAUAUAUAUAUAUGUGUGUUCAAAAUAUACCUAUAUAUACACAGGGCGAUUCAUUAAACAUGUUCACUCAAUUUGUUAUGAUUAAAUUUUGUGUAUAUUUAAAUUCUGAUCUUUGAAGUUUUUAAGUGUGGUUAAACCCAAUAUGGGUCUCGAUAAAAUCGGAAAAAAUGGGUGGGCUACCUGAAGUUGGCCGACCGCCUGUAGAAGUCAAAAAUGCUACUCGCAAAUUCUGGGAAUGGACUCACGAAUUCUCGCAAAUACCUCACAAAAUUUUGACACCGGUUUUGUGUGGGUGGGCCAACUUCAUGGACGUUGUUACUCCAAUAUUACAUUCCCUCUACCAUAAUUUAAAAGUGGAAUAUCCCGUCAACGGGUUUACCAACAUUUGUUCACGCUAAUAUUCCAUCUGUUUAUGGAAUUAUUAAUUUAGCUUCUCAUUUGAGUAACCAAAGUUGAAAUCGCCACUGGAUACUCUUUAAAUAUUGUGAAAAAUCUAUGCACUAAAAAAUAUCCGCUUUAAUUAUACUUAAACAUUCCAAAAAUGUGAAUUUGAAUACAUACAAAAUUUAACCAUAAAAAUGGAGUGAACAUACUUGAUGAAUCACUACCAGCUAUACAAUGUAUAAUAUGAUACACCGAAUUCGUGAAUUUUCCGAUUACACGAAUGUAUAUUAAAUAUUAAGUAUAAUAAUAUAUAUACAGAUAUAAGAGUAUAUGUUUAUUAGGGUAGUCCUUAAUUAUUUAGAUAAUAUUUUUUUCGUCGAUCCCCUAAGUUUUUUUCUAAUAUGUAAAAGAAUAGUAUACAUAAAAUUGUACAUUGAAUGGUAAAUUUUAACCUAAGUUCUAAUGCCUUAAAUUUGAAAACCAUAUUUUUCUUGAAAUAAUCAUACUUAAUUUUAGUUUUUAUUCACUAUUGCUUUACAAUGAUUUAUUACCUUAGUGAAUGAUGAAGCUAUUAGACUUUUGUUUUUAAUCUUAUAUUGAAAUUAAGUAAUUUGCGAUAAAUUAGUAAUUCAAUUAGAUAAAUUCAGUUAUUGAGUCAAAUAUUAAACAUUAUUAUGUUUACUCGUAUUAAUCGUAGAGUUUUCGUUGCUAUGGAGUAUUACGUACUUGUAUGUUUUAUUGUUAUACAUAUUUUAUACCCCGUAUGUUGUUAAUAUCGUGCAUAUAAUGUUGUAUGAACGUCAGAUCAAACAUAAAUAUAUUUAAUUGGUAAUGACUUAAAUCAAAUAAUUUUAAUUAAUUUAUCAUCAAAUUUGUACGUGUCGAACAUUUUAAUUCUGUAACCAUAGAGAAGUAAAACUCAGCACAAGACAAUAUGCUUCUUUAGUAAUAAAAAAAAUAAUAGUACUUUGGAGAAAAGCCAGAUACUCCGCAUUACAUUGACAAAUUACAGUGUUUAUAUGAUGAAUGGAGAAACUUGCAAAGAUAUGUUACAAGACAAAAUAAAAAAUAAAAACAUUCUAAUCAGUGUCAUGUGCGGAUGAUAAAUAAAGAUAAACUGCUGCUGAUUUUUUUUCUAUUGGAAGUCGUUUACGAUAUAUGUUGGCAGUCCGAAAACCUGAUCUCCGAGAACAACUUCUAUAUUUUCUAAAUUCGGCUUGUUUAACUGAGAGAGUCUUUAUUAUCAUCGGUUGGACUCGUAUUAGUAACAGACCCUUAAUCGCUUUAAAUGUUACCAACAGGAGGGAGAUCGGUCUAUAGUUACUAUAAACUAUUACUUUCGUUUCACGCUACAAUGUGGGCAUAGAACCAGUACGUGCUACUUUGUUAAAAAUCAUCGUCAGCAAUUUAAUUUCUCUAGACCCUACAUUUUUUAGGAACCCAGGUCACUGAGUCAACUUCGGCUGCUUUAUUGUUCUUGACUUUCCUCAAGGCAGAAUUCACUUCAACUGGUGUGAAAUCAGUCAGCAAUUUAAAAGUCGUAAAUGACUCUGCACAACGAGCUGUUAAAUUAAUGGAAGAUUUUUAUCGAACACGCUCAAAAAUUAAAGAUCAAAAACAGUAUACACUAUACAAGUUAUCACAUAGCACCGGAAACUAUACAUUGUGUCCCACCGUGUUCGAGAAAUUGUUCCGAGUUCAGUGGAGUUCAGUUAAUAGUGUAGUUACUUUAUCAACAAUAUAUACAUUUGUCAUAUCACAAUAAAAUAAUUACUUAGACAAUAUAGAUUUUUUUUAAAAAUAUUUGCUCAAUAUUGUACCUAUCGCAUUCGUUUAGAAAACUCCUGCGAAAAUCAAAAAAUAACCUUUUGAAAGUACCUCCCCAGUCAAAUUUACAUUUAGAAAAAUUGCUACCAUUAUUGAUUGGAGUAAAAUUGCUGGUAGAAAAGUUGUACACAGAUAAAAAAAUAAAAAAUAAACGUCUUCCCUUCACUUAGAAUCUAAAAUGAUGCUUUGAAAAAAACCUAUUUUUAAACAUUGGGUGAUUUGAAAGACAUGAAUUAAAUUUAAUCAAUUAACUUGAAAUUGUAUAUACUUUAUUUUAAUGUAUAUUGGAACUAAUUUAGAGGAGUCGAUCGAAAAAAUUUCAUUAUUGAAAAAUAAGGACCACCUUAAAAUAUAUGUACAUAUAGGUAUUUCAUCAUUAUCUAAUAUAUCAAGAGUCGUAGUCACACGUAUAAUAUUUAUCGAUUUCUAUAGUCGGGCACACAAAAAGUGAACGCUAGUGGUGGUUUUUCCAGUGGCAAUUUUAAUCAACAGCUGUAAACAUAUAUACUCUCGACUCCUACAAAAUAAAAAUAUUAUGGGCAUGACCACAACAUUGAGAAUUCUAAUAUUUGAACUUUGUUAGAAUUCACUUUUCGUGAGCCCGGUUAUAAAUACAUGACUCAUAUUGACAACUAUAAUAAUUAUAAUAAUUUCUAGUGGAAGAAAUUUGAUUGGUUAACUACUUUAUUUUUAUGUUUUUUAAUGGCUAGUUUACGGAGUGUUCAAUAAGUCGUGGGAUGAUGAUAUUCAAAACGAAACGAAUACUAAUCACAAUAAAAUAUUUCUAUUCGAAUUAAAAGCAUGGAUUGUAUUAAUGAAACAUAGCUUACAAUUUAUGCCUACUGAAUUACAAGAAAAACGUAAGUAAAAAUAAUAAAAUAAAUUCUAAUAGGUACUAAAAACUAAAAUAAUAAUAUUGGGAAAUGUCAGUUUCGGAUGUUAUAUAAAAACACUAAUCUGUAGCUUAUAACUUGUUUACGCCCCAAGCGUCCCAAUUUCUAAAUUGGCAUAUUAAAGGUUCAUUAUAAGUAAUUUUUAAGUAGCAAAUAAGUAUCUACAUUUUAAACUAAAACUAUUGUGUAUGUACUAUAUACAAUGCAUACAAUACUAUUGUCUAUAAUAGCAUACAUUGUUUGAACAAAAUAUAUAAUUGUCACAAAACUAAAAAAUCAUAAAUGAAAUUCAACGUUCAUAAAAAUAUAGUACAAAUAUCAAACUAAAAUAUAUUGAUUAUAUACUAUUGCAGUAGUUGUCCUACCCAGCUUUGCCCGUGCAAUAAAAAAGUUUCUUCCUGUGUCCACCGAAUAUGCAAUAAUAGGGUUUAGGCCACACUGGGGUGACCCUUAUAGUUAUAGAUAAAGAAAACAAAAGUUAAUAUUUUUGAUUUCACACCCCUUCAUUUUAUUCAGUAUUAUAAGAAAGUAAACUUUAAUUAAAUUUGGUCAUGAUAACUUUACUUAUCUCCGUCACGUUUCCCAACGGAAUUAAAAAUUGCAAAAUAGGAUUGAUUUGUCGUUUACUGAGUAUAAUCAAAAAACUAUUGAACUUAUCAUAAAAAUAAAUAAAACUUAAAUUAUAGGAUUUUUUAUUUUAAAUAAUAAUAAAAAUUUAUAAUUUUUCAUAAAUCUAUUAUUUUCUAAAGAAAAAUAAUAAAAUAUCGGACAUUUCAUUUAUUUUGAAAAAUUGACUUUUUUGACGGUAUUAAGGUAUAUUAAAAUAAUGGUUAAUGAUACGACAAAAUAUCUUCUAUAUACAAAUGAUAAAACAAUUAAUUUUCUAAAAAAAAUUUAAUAGCUGCUGAAGAAUUAAUUAAUUGGAUGAACUUAUUUUCCAAAAUGAAGAUAUUGAGUACAUCCUUAAAAUUCUAAUAGAGAAAAAAAUAAUUACCUUUCAGAAUUUUAUGAAAAUAAAAUGUAGACACCCCGAAAAGUUUUUCGAAUGUUAUAAGAUACCAAUUAAAUUAUUUGAUGAACGCUUAGGCUCUAGAACCCAGAACUGAAACCGAAAAGGAUCAUUUCUGAAACCGGUUAACCUUAUACAUUUAAGAACCGGAACUUUGUUUCAAAAGAAAUGAAAAACCAUCAUCUUAAUUAUAAAAGGGUUAAUUUCGGUUUAUAGUAAUGACUAUCUUUUAGGUUCAGAAAAAAACUACAUUUUUAAUUGUGUUAUUUUAGCUGUCUACAAAUUGAGUCCCUAAAAACGAAAAUAUAUGUCGUGACAACCGAGUUGCGUCCGCGGUUUUUAGUGACUGUUCCAAGUUGCGUCCACAAGAAUAAUUGUUAUUAUAUUUCUACAUGUUCGAUGAUAAACUGGUUAAUAUUAAUUAUCCAUCGAUUAUCGAUUAUUGAUACCUUAUUAUAGGUUGGUAAAUAUCAUCUUACAAUUUAUUGUUGGAAAUCAACUUUUUCAUGUUGUUCAUUUCAAAAAUAUUCAAACUGAUAUUUAUAUUAAAAUACAAAACUAAAAUUUAACCAAGAAACGAAGAGAGGAUAUAGAAAACGAAGAUUUUAUUAAAAAUACUACGCGGAAGUAACUCGGGACAAAAUGUCAUUUAUAUGGACGCAAUUCGAAUGCGCCGGUUAUUUUCUCGUGUAAUAAUAGGUUGUAAUAGAUAAAUGUAAAUAUUUUUUUUUUUUUUUUGGUUUCGACCUACUAAGAUAUUGAUGCAUUGUAUACCGCUUAUAAUUAUUGUACACACUAAAUAUUGGACUUAUAAAUAAUACGUAUUAUUUUUGUUAUUUUUGGUUUCUUUGGUUACCCGAAAGAAAUACAAAAUUUAUGUUAUCAUGUAUCAUGAUGAUACAAUGGUUAUCACCAGUCAUACAAUUUAUUAUUAUUAGAUAUUUAAAUAUUUUAUGUAAUUUUAACGCAGAAAGCAUACUCUGCUAUUAUGUUAUAAUAGGUAGAUAAUAUUAUUCAUGUUAUAAACGUCCAAUAUUUUUUUUUUUAAUAUUGAUGUUUCGCAUCAAACAUAAAUAACAAUGAAGUUUAUUAUUAAUUUUAGGUCGCGAAAUAAAACCCGAACAUUUAAAUAAUGUAGACAUAUGGCAACAACUCAAUGCAGAUUCCGUAAUGAUUUAUUAAAUAGAUAUUAAUAUGCUAUGCCAACAAUAUAUUAACCUCAUUAUUUUUAAUUUUAGACGUUUAUGGACAAUUUUAAUUCACAUAGUACAUGAAGAUUUUAUGCAAUUUGUUACGCCUUGGUUUUGUCUUCAAACAUCAAUAACGAAGAUUUUAAAUAUAUACUCGUAAUAUUAUGUAGUUUAAGUCUCAGAAAUAAAUUUAUAACAUUCAAAAAUAAACAAAAUGUUAAUUAAAUACGAACACACUUUAUGUAAUCACAUUAAUUAAAUGUAUUACUUUUUUUCUUGAAAUAUUUACCGUAAAACUGCGUAUAAUACGAACGUAAUUAACCAAGAUAAACGUAAAGUUAAUAUGGUGAUGACUGAUGAUGGAAACAUUUUCAAAUGUUUAAGGUUUCAUAAUUUUUAAAUUUAAGAACCACAUCAACUUUACGUUUAUCUAUUUUUUUCAUUUAUAUGAAUUUGCACGAAGUCCCAUAAUUUGUUCAUAAAUGUAAAAUGUUUAUUAUUUAUUUUUAUACUAAUACAUACUUACCGAGAAUAGUUAAAUGGAAUAUUGUAUGAUACAUAAUUUAAUUAAGUACCAAUAUUAUAAUUUAUAUUUGAUUGCCUACAAUACAAUAAUAUUUAUUAUGCAUUUUUUUUUUUUUUAAAUUAAUUUUUAAGUUAAGUUAUACACAUAUGAGUAUUA